AUGAGAAUUGCUAAGUUCCUUGUAGCUCUUUCUAUCUUGGUCUUGGCUUUCUCAUUUGCAGUUGCUCAUGAUACUAGCCCUCUACAAGACUUCUGUAUGGCAACCGAUGAUACUACCUCUGGAGUCUCCGUUGCUUAUGAUCCUAGCCCUCUACAAGACUUCUGUGUGGCAACCGAUGAUACUUCCUCUGGAGGAGAUGUUUUUGUAUUUCCAUUUGGAUUAAUUCACUUCCAGUUCAAUAUUGGUAAAAGCCCUGCAGUUGCUAUAGCAGCAUUAAACAGUCAAAAUCCAGGAGUGGUAACUUCAGCAAAUACCGUUUUUGGAGCUGUUCCUUCUCUUAAUCUUCAACUUUUGGCCAGAGCUUACCAUCUUGAUAAAAAUAUAGUGGCUAAUCUUACAAAACAAGAAUGGGUCAAUCCAUCUGACCUUAAUGCGUAUUCUAGCUAUUAUUGA